UCGAGCUGUUACGGCCUUGGUCCUUCAGGGAAUCACGGUUCAACGCGACUCAGCCAACUUCUCUUUCACUACUGGUUUCUCAAUAAACCUCAAAGCUGCAACUGCUUCACGCUCGCGGCAAUCCAUAAUCCAUCCUUGCAAAUUCUGAUUCCUUCCGCGCCAAAUCUUCGAUCUGCAGAAUAAGUUCAUCUGCCAGUGUGUCUUUUUGUUGGAAGAUAAGCGUUGAUCAAGAGAAAAAUGGGGGUAGAUGAUGUGCCUCUGGAUGACAAGGCGAAGAGAAUGAGAGAUCUGCUAUCAAGCUUCUACUCUCCAGAUCCUGCAAUGUCAUCCAGCAAUUCUUCGAAAUUCGCUUCCUUAGAUGCUAUCAACACCACUUCGUUCGACGCUGAUCAGUACAUGAAUCUCUUGGUGCAAAAAUCAAACUUGGAAGGGCUCUUGCAGAAGCAUGUUGAAAUGGCAGCCGAGAUAAAGAAUUUGGAUACUGAUUUGCAAAUGCUAGUGUAUGAAAAUUACAAUAAGUUCAUCAGUGCGACUGACACGAUCAAGAGGAUGAAAAAUAAUAUUGUGGGCAUGGAAGCAAAUAUGGAGCAGCUCCUUGAGAAAAUAAUGUCAGUGCAAUCAAGAAGUGAUGGUGUAAACACAUCUCUUUUUGAAAAGAGGGAACAUAUAGAGAAAUUGCAUCGCACACGCAACCUUCUUCGUAAAGUUCAGUUUAUAUAUGAUCUACCUGCUAGACUUGGGAAGUGUAUUAAAUCAGAAGCAUAUGCUGAUGCAGUCAGGUUCUAUACCGGAGCAAUGCCAAUUUUUAAGGCAUAUGGGGAUUCAUCAUUCCAGGACUGUAAGCGAGCAUCUGAAGAAGCUAUGGCCACAAUUAUAAAAAAUUUGCAGGGGAAGCUUUUUUCAGAUACUGAAUCCAUACAAGCAAGGGCUGAGGCUGCAGUGCUGCUUAAGCAGUUGGAUUUUCCGGUGGACAGCUUAAAGGCUAAACUUUUUGAAAAGUUAGAACAAUUGCUUCAGGAUCUUCAGCUCAAGAGAGAAGAAGUAACCAAUUUUUUGGAGGACUCUAAUGAUACUUCAAAAACUACAAGCACAAUUGAUGCUUCUGUUCAUGAGUUUGCGGAGGCUAUCAAAGCUUAUCGAGUAAUAUUUCCUGACUCAGAAAAGCAACUAAUUAAACUCUCUCAAGACUUGAUUACCAAGCACUUUGAAAUCACUGAGCAAAACAUAAAGGAACAGAUUUCUGUUGCAAAGUUUUUGGGUUUUCUCCGAGUUAUAUGGAGAGAUGUGCUUCUGAUGGAUGAAGUAUUAAAUGAGGCAUUUCUCCCUGAUUAUUCUUUGGAGGCUGCCCAGCGGGUUGUCAAGCAAUAUGUUGCAAUCACAUUUUCUCACCUUCUGCAUGAUAUCUCAGAUGCCCUCAUUGUCAACAUUCAUAUGAAACAAAAAGAGGGAGUGGAAGAGAAUCCCUUGCAGGUUGCCCUGGAAACCAGCAAAAAUGCAGUGCUUAAAGGAAGCAUGGAUGUCUUAGUGGACUUGCGCCAUCUUGUUGAUGACAACUUAGGGUUACUUCUAAAGUUGAGAGACUCGAUUGUUGAUUGGAUUCAAGAAGGAUUUCAGGAAUUCUUCAGGGCUCUGGAUGAUCAUUUCCUCUUACUUUCUGGAAGAAAUAAAUCAGUCAGUCAAGCACAAGGUUUGACAGAGGGAAAGGUGGUUGACAAAGUGCUUGCAGGUCUUGUCCUGGUGUUGGCUCAACUUUCUGUUUUUAUUGAACAAACUGCUGUUCCAAAAAUUACUGAGGAAAUAGCUACUUCUUUCUCUGGCAGUGGUGUACGAGGCUAUGAAAAUGGGCCUGCUUUUGUUCCUGGUGAAAUUUGUCGAAUCUUUCGGUCAGCUGGUGAAAAGUUUCUACACCAUUAUAUAACUAUGAGAACUCAGAGAGUAUCAGUUCUCCUGAAGAAGAGGUUUAAAGCUCCAAACUGGGUCAAGCACAAGGAGCCAAGAGAAGUUCAUAUGUUUGUUGACUUACUUCUUCAGGAGUUGGAAACAAUAGGUUCUGAGGUGAAGCAGGUUUUAUCACAAGGAGUUCUUCGCAAGCAUCGUCGCUCUGAAAGCAAUGGUAGCACUGCAUCCUCUCGCAGCAAUCCAUUGCGAGAUGAUAAAAUGAGUCGGACAAAUACUCAAAGGGCCAGGAGCCAGCUUCUGGAAACCCACCUAGCAAAAUUGUUUAAGCAAAAAGUUGAGAUUUUUACAAAAACUGAAUUUACACAGGAAUCUGUGGUAACCACUAUAGUAAAACUUUGCCUAAAGAGUUUGCAAGAAUUUGUCAGACUCCAGACUUUCAACCGGAGUGGUUUUCAGCAAAUUCAGUUGGAUAUUCAGUUCCUAAGGGCUCCUCUAAAGGAAACCGUUGAAGAUGAAGCAGCCAUUGACUUUUUGCUCGAUGAGGUAAUUGUUGGCACUUCAGAACGUUGUCUCGACCCAAUUCCUCUGGAGCCUCCCAUCUUGGAUAAGCUAAUACAAGCAAAGUUGGCCAAAAAGAGGGAACAGAGUGCAAUUUCUCUAUAAUUAAGGAGUCUCAAAUUAGUGAUUCCAUUGAUUUUGUCAUCAAGAAGUGUCGAAAGAUUCUGACUGGAAUGAUCAAAGUACGAAGUUUCACCAGCAUCCUUGGGCAUAUGUUGUGUAGUAAGAUGAUCUGAUUCAAUCAAGAGGCCGCUAUAUGUUUGCUAAAUCCUGAAUAAAUUGCCUGGGAAAUUUGUGUGCUUUGUUUCAACCCUGUGGUUUGACCGUUAGCAGCCUCUAGUUUACAUACCUGCACCCGAGAAGUUCAUGCUCGAGUUUUUCCCUCUGGGAGAACCUGACCUGAUCUGUGCCAUUUUUGUGUUUCUGCUACACUAGUUGCCAGUGCAUGUAAGCCUGAUGUGGCGAUGAUUGAAGGUUCCAUCCCGUAUAGGACCUGUUAGGAUCUUGAAGCAUAUACACUUGUCGCAUAGGGGUUAUUACAUUUAUUAGACAGGGCAGAGGUUUGUUUGUUCUGGUAAUUCAAUGUUUGAGGAGAAUAGUGCGAGAUUGGAAUUUGUGUUUCUGGAUCGUGUGAACUUCAUUGCCAAUUUGUCCCUUUUCUUCCAUUUGAAAAUCCAAUGACUUGUAUUUUA